AUGGGUGACAGACUCACUCAACUGCAAGACGCUGUGGAUCAGCUUGCCCAGCAAUUCGUCGCAAGCUUCCACUUCGUCCACCGACGCCACGACCUAGAACUUCUUGGCCCCAACGACAAGAUACGCGAUGUCAAGCAGGAACCGGAUCAGAAGGAGGUGGACCCUCUCCCCGCGGACGAAUUCAAGGAAGGCCUAGCUGAGCUGUCACGCGACUUGAUUAUAACGGAACAACAAAUCGAAGUCCUCAUUUCCAGUCUGCCAGGCUUGGAUAGCAGCGAGGUUGAUCAGGAGCGAUACAUACAGGAGUUGGAAGACGAGCUCAAGGUUGCCAAGGCACAGAGACAGGACGCAAUUAAGGAGAAGGACCAGAUCCUCGGUAAGCUCGACGAGGUCAUCAGAAGCAUUCGCAGACCUUGA